GAAUAUUUCUCUGUAUUUUGUCACUCUGCAGCGCGGGAGUCUGUGUUUUGUGUGUUGAUGUUGGACCCUGACUGUGCUUUAAUUAAGCCAGAAAUCUACAUUUAGUUUUUUUAUCUGGUGAAGGAAUAUUUUUGAAGACAACAUGCAGAGGAGCAUCGCAUCCUUCUUUCAGCCCAAGGGCAAAGAUGUUCAGAAGAAAACCUCAAAUGAAGCGGUGAAAAAACCUUCCAAAAGUCCUCUGAAGGUGCAGAACGGCGUCCAGGAAGCGGAUUCACCCGUGAAGAAGGUCGUGAAACGCAGCCGUCAGAUCCUGGACAGCGACGAUGAAGAAGAAGCUCCGGUUGUUAAAGAGCAAGCUGCUACCACCGGAGACAAAGAAGCUCCGGCUAAACCAGAAAAGCGAUCCAGAUCAUAUUGGUUUGGACAGUUUGAAAGCUGUGUUCUCUGAGAUUUCAAUGUCAGCUGUAAAUGGAAAUAGUCAAG